GCAGCAGUACAGUUCGUUCCGACCGAAUGCAUGAAGUCUAUCAACUUAUUUGCAUAAUUGCUUAACGUAUGUAGCGCCCUCUAUAAACACUGUACACUUGUUUUGGUUUUCAUGCUGACGUGCUGAAGAAACAUAUGGGUGCAUACCAUUUUCCUACCUAGCUGGGCUGAAACUUGAAUAAUGUCCGACACAAGUGUAGAUAAUCUUCCCAUUGAUAUUUCAUCCAACAAGCUUCUUGAUUGGCUGAUUGAUCGCAGACAUGUUCAAGGCAAGUGGACAUCAGUGGCACUGACUGUGCGUGAGAAAAUCAACAACGCCAUACAAGAUAUGCCAGAGGUGGAAGAGAUAAAACAGCUCGUUGUUGGAACAUAUAUUAAUUACUUUCAUUGCAAAAGAAUUGUUGAGUUAUUAAAGGUUUCUGAAUCCAACACAAAGAAUAUCUUUGGCCGUUACUCAUCGCAGCGUAUGAAGGAUUGGCUAGAAGUUGUUUCCAUAUACGAACGUGAUAACAUAUAUCUUGCUGAGUCUGCUCAUCUGCUAACCCAGAAUGUGAACUAUGAGAUUCCCGCAAUUCGUAGGAGCAUCUUGAAAUGUAAACAACUCCAAGCGGAAUGUGAUAGAAAGGAGAAGGAUUACAUAAGCCAAGCUGCAUCAGCUAAAGAUGACUUCCAGACGUCCUGUAAAAAGCUUGGAAUUAAGGGAGAAAAGAUAAAAACAGAGCUGAUAAAACUUGUAGCAGAUCUUCCACAGAUUUAUAGUAAAAUCUUAUCGAAGGCACAAAAGCUACACAAGGUUACAGAGUUCUAUGAGGCAUUUGUACAAUUUACAGUUGGCAGUCAAGACAGUGGUACAGAUGAGCAAUUCCCAAUCUGUCCAGCUUUGGGUUAUAUUCUUCAACAUGGUAACACUACAGUGUAUCGUUGGAGGACAGGCAAGGACCCCAUGUCUAUUGAAGAAGUGAAAUUGGUUGCCCUGGAGGAGGAGAAAGAUGUCCAAGAAGAUGAGGUGGGAAUUAAUGAAAUGAUAAAUGAUGAAACAAAUGAUGAUAAUGAUGUAAAUCAUGUAAAUGAAAUGCCCAGACAUAAUUAAGUAGUCUUAUCAAAC